GUUCAGCAGCGAUGUUCUAAUUCUUGAGGACACGUACACCUCAAGUUUAAAGUGAGUCUCUUGCCGCAUAUUUAAGACUGUUGUUGGAAAAAUCGCAGGAUAUAUUCUGAAUGAGCAUGGAUUCGUAUGAUGUUGCCAUGAUCUUGUUCUGCGUUGGAUGUCUUGUCGGCUCAGGACAAUCAUCCACCUGUAACGUCCAGUGCGAUUACGAUCACGUGACAGGCAAGGCGGACUGUUCCCAUCGUAAUCUGGACUGCAUCCCCGUCAACUACCCAGACACCCUCGUCAUGGAUCUCACCCAUAAUAAUAUAUCGGUACUGGAUCUAGACGACUUCAACAGGACGUUCACGAGGUUGGUGGAGCUGUACCUUGACUACAACAGAGUAGCUGAUGUGGCAUCACUGAUGUCGUCAACUGAAAUGGGAAGCCUGACGAAACUGUCGGUCCAACACAAUAUCAUUUCAAACUUAGGUUUUCCAUGUAGCCUUGAUUCUCUCGAAUUCAUGUUAGUCGAUAACAACUUGCUCAAGUAUUUACACGACUUUUCAAACUGUCAACGUCUGAAACACUUUUCAGCUGAUUCGAAUGAACUGCACAGUAUUUCCAUUCAACUUCACCGUGAAAGUUUCCCUUCUUUUGUCAGCUUGCGUUUCAACCGGAUAACAAAUGUUAACAUUGCCAAAACAACGACAGGGGUUUAUAAUUUGACCUUAUUACUGGAUUACAACGAGGCAAGUCGAGUGCAGCUAAGGGGUUACCCCAUAGACCGACUCUCUCUCAGUCAUAGCAAAUUGCAAGUCAUUAACAUUCCCGUUCCCACCAAACUCAUUAUAGCCAGUGAUGGGUUAAAUCGAUUGAAUAACAAACUUUGGACUUUUCAGCCUGGGAAUAAGCUGAUUGAGACUCUUGACAUAAGAAACAACUCGUUCGAUUCCCUGAUACAACCAGACUGGGCAGAAGGUCUUCAGAUCUUGCAUGCUGAUGACAACAUCCUUGCCAACCUGUCCUCGAAAACCCUGAAAGGAUUUGUCGAUCUAAAGGAGCUCCAUCUUGCAAGCAAUCGACUCUUGUUCAUCUCUUCGACCGCUCUGAGUCAUCUCACCAUGCUACGGUCUCUGUAUCUCGAUGGCAACUUCCUGACGUCACUGCUAGGUGGAAUAUUUCUCAGCCAAGCUGAACUCGUGGAACUUUCCAUCACUAACAACCAACUCUCAUUCUUACAUCCCGAUUACUUUAUCGGUCUGAACUCUCUGGAACGUCUGUACCUCACUAGGAAUCGACUGCUUUACGUCCACUCGGGGAUGUUUCGACAGAUGUCCCGACUUAACACCCUGGAUAUCUCCCAAAAUGAACUGAAUGUUUUUGAUAGCACAAAUUGCAGCUUUCUCAACCAUUUAGAGAACCUCCUUCUUGCUCACAAUUCAAUCCAUGAUAUCAGCUGCGUACUUGGUCAUUGUGACAGCUUGGUAAUGCUGAACCUGAGUUUCAAUCAAAUCAAAGUAGUUCCCGGUGUCUCUCUUACUGGCAAAAACAGAGCGCUCUCCAGACUAGAGCUUGAAGGCAACCCUCUUCAGUGUGACUGCCGGUUGACGGGUCUACGCGACUGGCUUCUCAACAAUCCCCCGUCUGCUCUCCCUCGAUGUCAAGGUCCACCGCGGUACUCUGGAGCAGUGAUUACAAACUUGGGCAUACAUGACUUCUCCUGCAGUCCUCCAAAGGUCAUGAUUAAAGAGAACCAACUUAAUGAGUAUGGCUGA